AUGUUCGACUUCGAUUACGAAGACCUGGAGACUGCUGAUCCUGCACCGGAUCCGGAGAAGGAGAAGGCGCAGGCAGCGGCUGAAGCAGCACAGCUUCUGGCCGACGAGGCCUUCACAGUGCGACGGGAUGCCGUGCGCAGCCUCGGCCGUCUGGGUUUGGCGGCCGGGCCUUACUUGGCCCAGCUAGUGGAGACAGCGGAGUCCGACGAUGACUACGAGGUUCGGCGAGCUGCUAAGCAGGCCCUUCGGUCUUUGCGGCAGCACGGCCUCUCAGCACCCCGGGAGGACACAACGACAGUGGCCUUGCGCCGUCCUCCGAACGAGAAGCGAGCCCAGGUGACAGGAGCCCCACGCCUGGAAGAGGCCGUCCUCCGCGAGGAGCCCCACGAGGAGCUCCUGAGCGAGGAGUGGACGGGACCGAAGGUUUGCUUUGACAUAAACGGGCAGCUGCUGGACAUGUGCCUGGAGAAGGAGGCGCCCGCUGAUUCUUGCAAUGCCUUUGAGGAUAUUCAAGCCAAGACGGAAUGGGGAAGGUACUUCCCUCUUCUUGUGUCGUGCAAGUCAUUUCAGACGGGAGGCUGUGACGCCCGGGGAGGUGGCCGAGAUCUGGGAGAGGCACGUGAUGGCGCUGCCGCGAUUGGUGCGUAG